AUUUAUUUAUAACGAUUCAGUAAUUGUAAACCUACAAAAAUACCAAAUUAUCUUUUCAGUCGUUAAAAUGAUCCUUAUAAACCAAUCCGACUAGUCAAUUCCGCAUUCAUCCAAUUACCAUCAGGUGUUUGCGAUUAAGGCAAGAAUAUAUAAUUGAUAAAUUCACAAAAUGCACAUUCUAUCUGUAUUAUAACCUAGUCUAUGUGAUAAAUAUGACUUCAUUACGUUUAAAUCACUUCUGUUUAUUCACCUAUUCCGUAGCCUGUUUCCUGUAUCAUUUAAGUAGUAUUACUGUACUUGCGGAAUCGAUAAAGUUUGGUAAAAAAUCUGAUAAAGUGAAUUAUGCAAAUCCAGAUCAAGCAGGAUAUCAUCAUUGCGCUUAUUGGCGUUUAUCGGAUGGUCAUUCAAUUAUUGCCUCGUGUACACCUUUUACACUUUACCGUUGUGGCAAAAAAUUAGAAUUCGAUUACCAAUGUUGUUCAGGAUAUGAAAAAAUUGAAAAAAUCCCAUAUACAUUUAGAGAUUUCAAAAAAGGGGAGUGUGCACUGCAACUUUCGCCUUAUGAGUUAUGUACAACCUUAAUCAAUAAUCAGUCUGAUAUUUCACCACUCGUGGAUAAAAUGAAGUCAUUGAGAGAAUUCACUACAAAGAAUCCUGACAAACCUUAUACAAUAUUUGCACCAAGUACCAGAAAUGCUGAAAGAUAUAAAGACUUAACAAAUGCUGAAGAGCAUAUUGUUCCGGGUCGAUUUUAUUUAAAAGAUCUAAAAGCUGGACUACAAUUGAAUACAUUAGAUCCUAAAAGGAAACUUUAUGUGACAAGAGAACAUCAAGGAACUGUUUCUGUUGACUGUGUAGAAAUGGUUGAUGCAGAUAUGGAAUGCAAUUCAGGUAUUAUACAUACAGUUAGAUUUCCUUUAACAAGUAGAGAAAAACUUGACAGGUCGUCUAUUUUAAGCUUAUUAGAAUCACACUCUGAAACUCAGUCAUUUGCAAGAGAUUUAUCAGCUGUAAUUAAGAACAACUUGAGAAAUGUCGACUCUGGUAAGCGUUAUACUGUGAUUAUACCAAGUCAACAAAAAUGGGAAUCUUUACGUCAGAAGUAUUCAGAGGAACAACUUCAAAGAAUUGCAGCAAAUCAUGUUAUCCUAGAUCAACAUUGUUCAGGACAUUUAAUUCAAUCUCUUCAGAGUUAUAAAACAUUACUAGGAGAAAGACUUGAGUUUAUUUGUGAAACUGAUUCAACUGGUAAAGAACGACAUUAUGUUCGUACUGUCUGUGGGGAUAAACGUGAAAUAACUACUUCAGAUUUAGCAGCGACAAAUGGAGUUGCACAUAUUAUUGAAGAAGCGUUAAUACCAUUUUCAGUGAUGACAUUAGGAGAACUAAUGCAAAAUAAAGGAUGCGCUGAAAAUUUGAAAAUCACAGACUUCUUAAAUUUGCUCAAAGAAUGUGAUCUGAAAAUUGAACCAGGACAAAAAUAUGCUGUUGUCUUACCUCAAGACAGUUCAUUAAAAUGGUGGUCUAAUUAUCCACAGUUUCAAGAUGAAUAUAAACGUUUUCAAACAGACAAAGUGUAUCGUUGUAAGGUGGCACGGUAUCAUAUUAUGAAAAGUGAUAAUCGUUUAAACAAUAUUGGUAAUUUCUCUAGCCACACAUUGGGGCAUCGUACAAAUAAUCCAGAUGAACCACUGUAUGAGACAACAUACUUUAAAAAAUCACCAUAUGGAUCACAGCUUUACUUUCAUUACUCACCAAUCAACAAUCUGGAAUCAUUUGAAAUGGGUGAUGUAACAAUCUACAUCACUCCUAGAAUCAACGUUCCACCUGAGUUGAAUAUAACUGAUAUUCUGAGCACACGAUCUGAUACCAAAAUUGCCCAGAAUCAAACUGAAAUGGCUAAAAUGGAUGAAAAAUACUUCAGUAAAAAUGCUCCAAAAAAUUUAUAUCUUGUUACAACAGACGAUGGUUGGAAAGAUCCCAGAGCUACACCGACAACAGUCAAUCCCUAUCAACCUGAAUUGAACAUGUAUACGGAGAAAAAUUUAGAAAAUUAUUUACUUCUCAAUCAUAUACCAUUAUAUUUAUGGGGUGGAGAUAUUGGUUAUUUCGAUAAGAACACUGUACACAAAUUUAUGUCUUCCUCUGGUAUAGAAUUAAUCUUUUGGAUGGAUAACAGUGGAGUAAUGCGUAUUGGAUAUGAAGAACUACCUCGGGAUCAGUGGCCUAAAGUAAUUCGUUGGAAUCUACAUGCUCGUGACGGUAUAGUCUGGUUACUAGAUGGUAUUUUAAAAUGUCCUGAAAAGUUAUGCCCACUACUCGUUGAAGAUGUUGAUUACUAUGACGUUUACGUAAUGGCUUGUCAAACAUCAAAUCUACCAGGUGAAAAAGAUCCAGUUCAACAAUUUGAGAGUAAACCAUUGGAUAUUGCUAAUCGACAUCCUAGUCUAUGUACUGUGGUAUUGCAGACAAGUGAAAAAACUGUAACACUUAUUGAAUCUUAAUAAUUGUCGAUUAAAGUAGUAUUUAAUGAAGAUUAGAAUGAAUGUUAACAAACUGUAUAACCUGAAAAUUUGUUUUUCACUAAUUUAGACUUAUAUUUUAUCAAGAAUAAAAAUGAAAUAUUCAUAAUUGAUAUGUUAAAUAAAAAGUGCAAAAUAUGAAAGUAAUUAAUGCGAUAA